AGAAGAAAUUGCACAGUACACUGAUAGUCCCUACAUGGCUACAAAAAACAUGCCCCCCCUAUUUCAGGCAUUGACGACUGCCCUAUUUUUUUGUGGAAUUGCCAGCAACCCUCUUUUCCAGCCUUCUUUGGUAAUGGAUAUGGCUAAAGUUCUGCUUGACAAUUAUUGCUUUCCAGAAAACCUCGUGGGAAUGCAGGAGACCAUUGAACAAGCUGUCAAAGGUGGGGAGAUUUUACAUAUCUCAGAUCCUGACACCUUGGCAAAUGUAUUUACAUCUGGAGUACAAGGCUACCUAAAUGAUCCUCGCCUGGUUGUCUCCUAUGAACCUAAUUACUCUGGUCCCCAAACAGAACAAUCACUGGAGCUAACACCGGAACAGCUAAAAUUCCUGAUUAAUCAUUCUGUCAAAUAUGAUAUUUUACCAGGCAAUAUUGGCUAUCUCAGAAUUGAUUUCAUCAUUGGCCAAGAUGUAGUUCAGAAAGUUGGUCCCCAUCUUGUCAACAAUAUAUGGAAGAAGCUGAUGCCAACCUCUGCUCUUAUUUUGGAUUUAAGGUACAGCACCCAGGGAGAGGUUUCUGGGAUACCUUUUGUUGUGUCUUAUCUGUGUGACUCUGAAAUUCAUAUUGAUAGCAUUUACAAUCGCCCUUCAAAUACCACAACAGAUCUCUGGACACUGCCUGAGCUAAUGGGUGAGAGGUAUGGCAAAGUUAAAGAUGUUGUGGUACUCACAAGCAAAUAUACCAAGGGUGUUGCAGAAGAUGCUUCUUAUAUUCUAAAACAUAUGAAUAGGGCAAUAGUUGUGGGUGAGAAAACUGCAGGAGGAUCUCUGGAUACUCAGAAAAUAAAGAUUGGUCAAUCUGAUUUCUAUAUCACUGUUCCAGUUUCAAGGUCCCUUAGUCCUCUAACAGGGCAAAGUUGGGAAGUAUCCGGUGUUUCCCCUUGUGUGGUAGUAAAUGCAAAGGAUGCUCUGGAUAAAGCUCAAGCUAUCCUUGCUGUGCGUUCAUCUGUUACCCAUGUCUUGCAUCAGCUCUGUGAUAUUUUAGCUAAUAACUAUGCUUUUUCAGAGCGUAUCCCAACCUUACUGCAGCACCUUCCAAACUUAGAUUACUCCACUGUAAUAUCAGAGGAGGAUAUAGCUGCCAAACUCAAUUAUGAGCUACAGUCUUUAACUGAGGAUCCAAGGUUAGUGCUGAAGAGUAAAACCGAUACGUUAGUUAUGCCUGGGGAUUCCAUUCAGGCUGAAAAUAUACCAGAGGAUGAAGCCAUGCUUCAAGCACUGGUCAACACUGUCUUUAAAGUUAGCAUACUCCCAGGAAAUAUCGGCUAUCUGCGUUUUGACCAAUUUGCUGAUGUCUCUGUUAUUGCUAAAUUAGCACCUUUUAUAGUUAACACAGUCUGGGAACCCAUCACAAUAACAGAAAACCUUAUUAUUGAUUUGAGAUACAAUGUUGGGGGAUCCUCUACAGCAGUUCCUUUGCUGUUAUCCUAUUUUCUAGAUCCAGAGACAAAAAUUCACCUUUUCACUUUGCAUAAUAGGCAACAAAAUUCAACUGACGAAGUUUAUAGUCAUCCCAAGGUCCUUGGAAAGCCAUAUGGUUCCAAGAAAGGGGUAUAUGUACUAACAAGCCACCAAACUGCUACAGCUGCUGAAGAAUUUGCUUACCUCAUGCAGUCCUUAAGUCGGGCAACGAUUAUUGGUGAAAUAACCUCUGGUAACCUUAUGCACUCCAAGGUAUUUCCCUUUGACGGGACUCAAUUGUCUGUCACUGUGCCUAUCAUUAACUUCAUAGAUAGUAAUGGUGACUACUGGUUGGGAGGUGGAGUUGUUCCAGAUGCGAUUGUCCUGGCAGAUGAAGCCUUAGACAAGGCCAAGGAGAUCAUUGCAUUUCAUCCCAGUAUAUUUCCAUUAGUCAAGGGCACUGGACAUCUUCUUGAAGUCCACUAUGCUAUCCCAGAGGUGGCAUAUAAAGUAAGUAGUGUUCUUCAAAAUAAAUGGUCUGAAGGAGGGUACCGUUCAGUGGUCGAUCUUGAAUCUUUGGCUUCUCUGUUAACCUCUGAGAUGCAGGAAAACUCUGGAGACCACAGACUGCAUGUUUUCUACAGUGACACUGAGCCAGAAAUUUUAGAGGAUCAGCCACCAAAAAUCCCUUCACCUGAAGAACUAAACUACAUAAUUGAUGCACUUUUUAAGAUUGAAGUAUUACCAGGAAAUGUGGGAUAUCUGCGGUUUGACAUGAUGGCAGACACAGAAAUUAUUAAAGCUAUUGGUCCUCAGCUGGUCAGCUUGGUCUGGAAUAAGUUGGUUGAAACCAACUCUCUCAUCAUUGAUAUGAGAUACAACACUGGAGGCUAUUCCACAGCAAUUCCUAUUUUCUGCUCUUAUUUCUUUGAUCCAGAGCCUCUUCAGCAUCUAUAUACUGUGUAUGAUCGUAGCACCUCCACAGGCAAAGAUAUAUGGACACUUCCAGAGGUCUUUGGUGAAAGAUAUGGCUCCACAAAAGACAUUUAUAUACUUACCAGUCAUAUGACAGGAUCUGCAGCUGAAGUAUUUACCAGGUCUUUGAAAGAUCUAAACAGGGCCACUCUUAUUGGGGAACCUACAAGUGGAGUAUCUUUGUCUGUGGGCAUGUACAAAGUAGGAGAUAGCAAUCUUUAUGUGACAAUCCCCAACCAAGUUGUAAUCAGCUCUGUUACUGGCAAAGUAUGGAGUGUGUCAGGUGUUGAGCCCCAUGUUAUCAUUCAAGCCAAUGAAGCUAUGAAUAUAGCCCAUCGCAUUAUUAAACUGCGUACAAAGAUUCCCACUGUCAUUCAAACAGCAGCGAAGCUGGUUGCAGAUAAUUAUGCGUUUGCUGACACAGGAGCAAAUGUUGCUUCCAAAUUUAUUGCUCUGGUGGAUAAAAUAGACUAUAAAAUGAUCAAAUCUGAGGUGGAGUUGGCUGAAAAAAUUAAUGAUGACCUGCAGUCAUUGUCAAAAGAUUUCCAUUUGAAGGCUGUCUACAUACCUGAGAAUUCCAAGGACCGUAUUCCUGGAGUAGUACCAAUGCAGAUCCCAUCACCAGAAUUGUUUGAGGAACUUAUAAAGUUUUCUUUCCACACUGACGUUUUUGAGAAGAACAUUGGCUACAUAAGGUUUGAUAUGUUUGCAGACUCGGAUCUACUUAACCAGGUAUCAGAUCUGCUAGUGGAACAUGUCUGGAAGAAGGUGGUUGACCAGGAUGCCUUAAUUAUUGAUAUGAGAUUUAACAUCGGAGGCCCCACAUCAUCCAUCCCAAUUUUCUGCUCAUAUUUCUUUGAUGAAGGUACUCCUGUUCUUUUGGAUAAAAUUUAUAGUCGGACAUCCAAUGCCAUGACUGACAUAUGGACCCUCCCUGAUCUUGUAGGAAAAACAUUUGGCUCUAAGAAGCCCUUGAUCAUCCUGACAAGUUCUUUGACAGAAGGAGCAGCUGAGGAGUUUGUGUACAUCAUGAAGAGACUGGGCAGAGCUUAUGUGGUAGGAGAGGUUACAAGUGGGGGUUGCCACCCACCUCAGACCUACCAUGUCGAUGACACCCACCUAUAUCUGACCAUUCCAACAUCUCGUUCUGCCAGUGCAGAGCCUGGGGAGUCAUGGGAAGGAAAAGGUGUAUUGCCAGAUCUUGAGAUUUCCUCUGAGACUGCUCUGUUGAAGGCGAAAGAGAUCUUAGAGUCUCAAUUAGAGGGCAGACGAUAACAAUUAAUCACGUAUUCUCUGGGAAAAAUAUGCACAUACUGCUCAGCAUAUUAAUUAGAGUUAUGUAAAGAACCGUGUUGUAUCACAUCUGUCUUUUGUAUGCCGAAAAAAUAAUACUGUAUCUGUUCAUAUGUAUUGCAGUGAGUUAGUUAGGAAUAAAUAUAAGCAAUCUUUGUUGGAGAUGGCUAUCUAUGCUAGCUAUAAUAAUUACCACCAAUUUCUUUUCUUCCUUAUUAUCAUUCCUGAUGAAGGGAGGUUUUCCCCCCCCGAAAUGUUGAACUAUUGGUGGCAUAAUAAAAGGGGCAUUUUCCCCGACUGCAUUUAA